AUGCUGAUCAUUACUUUGUCAGUUUCUCUUCAGCUGAGAGGGUAUUAUUUAGUAUCCGCUAUGUUAAUGGGAUUGGCAUGGCAGCAGUUAGGGUGGCUGGUGCAUGAAUUUGCACAUAAUCAGUUGUUCAAGGAUCACUGGCACAAUGACCUUGCUAGUUAUUUUGUGGGCAACUUCUUACAAGGAUUCUCGUCCGGUGGAUGGAAAGAGCAACACAAUAUUCACCAUGCGGCGACGAAUGUCGUCGGCCGAGACGGAGAUCUCGACCUGAUGCCGUUUUGGGCUACCGUUGUACAAGAUCUCAAAAAUGCCGACAACUGGUACUUAUCCAUCCUGCCGUAUCAGCACAUCUACUGGACAAUAAUGCUACCUCUGCUGCGUCUCAGUUGGCUGCUGCAGUCGAUUGUGUUCGUACAGGCAAUGCCCAACCACUACUAUAAAUAUUACAGAGAACGAGCUAUUUAUGAACAGAUCGCCCUCGCUCUACAUUGGUUACUAGUGUUAAUGCAGUUGUAUCUCCUUCCCACAAUGCAAGACAGAUUAAUGUUCUUUGCUGUAUCUCAACUGAUGGGAGGAAUCCUGCUGGCGCAUGUUGUAACUUACAAUCACUAUUCCGUUGAGAAAUUCCCGUGUGAGUAA